AUGAGUUGGGAAUCGGAAGAGGCGAAGCAGCUGACAUGGGAGUACGCUACAAAAUCUGUGCUGAAAUGCAAUAUACGGAUACUCCAUAUGGUGGGCCUGUGGCCACUGACGGACUCGUUGCUGUUUCGCUCAUCCACAGCCACCAUCGUCGUGCUCUGCGUGGCCCAUAUUGCAGAAGCAGCUGUCAACCUGUGCACCCUACACGGCGGCCUGCAGGAUUUUACACUGGCGCUGUCCAACGUGUCAGUAGUUUGCGUAGGCGUGCUCAAGCUUACCUUCUUCCUGCGCCACGAGCGGAGCUAUUGUCGACUUGUGAGAGUGCUGGACGCUCUGGUAGACAGCCAGAGGGAGUACGUGCAUGCUGAGCCACCACUGGCGGCUCUCUUCAAGGCCACGCAAAAGCGGACUAUGCGGGUCACCAUCGGCUUCCUGGUGUACGCCAUCACGUAG